AUCGCUGUUGUUGUUCCCCAGUGAGUCUGUGGGACACGCCAGAUCCAGGCCUGCCCUUCUAAUGAGGCCCACACAAAGGCGCAUUGAAGAGAAGCCCCUGUGUGAGAGAGGAUGACCCAGGACUGGGCAUCAGUGGCCCCAAGGCUGUCCACUCUGUACAAAGACCUCCACUGUGGUCAUGGAGUUGAAAGGGCAUGGAGGAAAAAAAAAAAAAAGGGGGGAAGAGGGAGGAGACAUCCUGUUCCAACAAAUAUCGGAAAAAUGAAACAAAAGCGUGACUUUUCUGACCAUGACAUGAGUACCCCAUCAAGUUCUUCUCUCCAGCAAGUCACACCCUUAAAUGUGCUUGUCUGCAAUAGCUCAGAUCAGAUUGUCUCCAAUCUUCGAACCAAAGAGAGCAUAUAAAGGACAAUCUUGGAAACUUACGGAAUACUUAUUGGUGUGUUGGACAAAAUCAUGGCAUUCUCACCUGGACUUGAGCGUUUGCUAUGAUUGAUUCAGCACAAUUUCAAUUUUUUUCAAACAAGCUAGAAGAAUGACUCUCUCAUCCCGACUGGAGGACAUGGAGGUGACCUUGGAGCAUGUGCUCAUGGAUGUCUUUAUGACGGAGGGGAGGCGAUGUCAGGUCCAUCUCCUGGACGACAGGAAGUUGGAGCUCCUUGUGCAGCCUAAGUUGAUGGCUAAGGACCUCCUGGACCUGGUGGCCUCUCACUUCAACCUCAAGGAGAAGGAAUACUUUGGAAUUUCAUACACAGAUGAAACGGGACAUUUUAGCUGGCUUCAACUGGACCGCAGAGUAUUAGAGCAUGAAUUCCCCAAGAAAUCCGGACCCAUUGUCCUCUACUUCUGUGUCAGGUUCUACAUAGAAAGUAUAUCAUACUUGAAGGACAAUGCCACUAUUGAGCUGUUUUUUCUCAACGCAAAGUCCAUCAUCUACAAGGAGCUCAUUGAAGUGGACAGCGAAGUUGUCUUUGAGCUGGCGUCCUAUAUUCUCCAAGAGGCUAAGGGUGAUUUCACCAGUAAUGAUGCAACCAGGUCUGACCUGAAAAAGCUGCCUGCUCUGCCCACCCAGGCCCUAAAGGAGCACCCAUCCCUUGCCUACUGUGAGGAGCGGGUCAUAGAACACUACAAGAAGCUCAGUGGGCAGUCCAGAGGGCAGGCCAUUGUAAACUAUAUGAGCAUUGUCGAGUCCCUGCCCACAUAUGGAGUACAUUACUACGCUGUAAAGGAUAAGCAGGGGAUCCCUUGGUGGCUGGGCCUGAGCUAUAAAGGCAUUUUUCAGUAUGACCAUCAGGACAGAGUCAAGCCCAGGAAGGUGUUCCAAUGGCGUCAACUGGAGAACCUUUACUUCAGAGAGAAGAAGUUCUCCGUGGAAGUUCACGACCCCAGGAGUAGGGCGUCUGUGACAAGGAGGACGUUUGGUCAUAGUGGCAUCGCCGUGCACACCUGGUACGCCUGUCCAGCCCUCAUCAAGUCCAUCUGGGCCAUGGCCAUAAGCCAGCACCAGUUCUAUCUGGACCGCAAGCAGAGCAAGUCAAAGAUCCAUGCCGCACGCAGUCUGAGUGAGAUUGCCAUCGACCUCACCGAAACGGGAACGCUGAAAACCUCCAAACUGGCCAACAUGGGCAGCAAAGGCAAAAUUAUCAGUGGGAGCAGUGGCAGCCUACUCUCGUCAGGCUCUCAGGAAUCAGACAGCUCCCAAACAGCCAAGAAGGACAUGCUGACAGCACUGAGGGCCCGGCAGGAUGCUCUGGAGGAAACGCUGAAGCAGAGACUAGAGGAACUCAAGAGCAUUUGCAUCAGAGAGGCUGAACUGACAGGGAAACUUCCUAAGGAAUAUCCUCUAGAUCCAGGAGAGGAACCCCCUACAGUGAGGCGGAAGAUCGGUACCGCCUUCAAACUGGAUGAGAAGAAAAUUCUUCCUAAGGGGGAGGAAGAGGAGCUGGAGCGCUUGGAGCGGGAGUUCGCCAUUCAGUCCCAGAUCACCGAAGCAGCCAGGCGCCUUGCCAGCGAUCCUCACGUCAGCAGCAAGAAGCUGAAAAAGCAGAGGAAGACCUCUUAUCUGAACGCGCUGAAGAAACUUCAGGAAAUUGAGAACUCUAUCAAUGAAUACCGGGUUCGCUCUGGCAAGAAGCCGACACAGAGGGCAUCGCUUAUAAUAGAAGAGGCCAACAUUGGCUCAGAAGACAGUUCGCUGUCUGACGCUCUGGUCCUGGAUGACGAUGAUCCUCAAGUUACCGGUACCCCCAACUUCUCCCCGAUGGCGUCGCCUCACAAAGGCCUUCCCCCGCGGCCACCUUCUCACAGUCGUCCCCCACCGCCACAAUCCCUGGAUGGACUGCGGCACCUGCACUAUGCACGCACGGAUUACGAUAAAUCGCCAAUCAAACCUAAAAUGUGGAGUGAGUCGUCACUGGAUGAACCUUAUGAAAAGAUCAAGAAGCGCUCCUCUCACUCCAGUCACAGACGAUUCCCAAGCUCUGGCAGCACAGAAGCAGGAGGUAGUAACUCUCUGCAGAGCAGCCCCAUCAGGAACCUCCCUCAAUGGAACUCUCAGUCCAGCAUGCCGUCCACCCCGGACAUGAGGACCAGGACGCCACACUACGUACAUUCCACUAGGUCGGUGGACAUCAGUCCCACACGUCUGCACAGCCUCGCUCAGCACUUUAGAAACCGCAGCUCCAGUCUGGAAUCCCAGGGCAAGCUCUUGACUUCGGACCCUGACGCACACCCACACGCCCUCGGCACGCUGGGCAGCCCUGACUUUUUCUUGGGCCCGACACGGAGCUCUAAUGGCUCUGACCCGUUGGAUGAUUGCUCCUCCUGCACCAGCCAGAGCAGCUCGGAGCAUUUCUACCCGUCCGGCGGGCCCUUAGCCCCCGGCACCAAUCCCAACUACUCCACCCUCGGUGAGGACUCGCCUUCAAAAGCGAGGCAGAGGCAGCGGCAGAGGCACAGGUCUGCAGGUCAUCUGGGCUCCUCUAACUCCGGCUCCAUGCCAAACUUGGCAGCUAAGAACGGCUCUGUUGGAGGAUCAGGUGGAGGCGGCAUAGGCGGAGGACACCACGGAGUCUACCUCCACAGCCAGAGCCAGCCGUCCUCCCAGUACCGCAUCAAAGAGUACCCGCUAUACGUGGAGGGGAGCCCCAACCCGGUGGUCGUGCGCAGCCUGGAGAGCGACCAGGAGGGCCACUACAGCGUCAAAGCCCAGUUCAAGACCUCCAGCUCUUACACGGCGGGGGGACUGUACAAGGAGGCGUGGGGAGGAGAGGAGGGAGGGGAGGGCGGCGGCCGACUAACGCCGUCCCGCUCGCAGAUUGUACGGACUCCAUCGUUGGGGCGCGAGGGAAGCGGAGGGGGUCGGGCGGCAGUGUCAGAAGAGCUGCGCUGCUGGUACCAGAGGUCAUCCGGGAGCCUGAAGGAGAGGAAUCACUCCCACUCAGGAUCCACCUCAUCCGAAACAGGGUCACAGCAAGGCACACUAGGACAUGGGCGGGGCAGUCGGGUAGGAACGCUCGCCAAAGGCUCACCAGUUGCAUCCCCACACAGCCAGAGGAGUAUGACACCCUCUGGUGACCAGACCGCCACACCCACUCCGCCCUGCAGUCCACAGCACAUCCUCAACUGGCAGAGCGGGUCCUUCACUGACAGCUGUUUCCUCGGCAGCCCCUCGUGUUCAGAGCUGGCAGACGUGCAGUGGUACAGACGCGACAAGGCCAAACCUGGAACCCUGGUCUGAGACCCUUGGAAAAGGCCCCCCCGCCCCCACUUGGAGAAGUCCUGGUAUUAUUGAAACCUUCCCUGCACUGUCCUAGACCACGUCCCGCUUACAACAACCAAGAACCUCAUCGCUAAGGCCUGACAUAUCCAUCCCGACUUUUUCUCCCACUAGGGAUCAAGCGGCGCGGCGUAGUAGAUGUGGAAAGAGCUUGGUCACCCACUCCCAAUCAUCACUUUCCUAUUUGUCCCUCUUAAAAACUUGAAUCCACUCGAGAAGAUUCCUGCUGGUUUUGAGCCACCAGUCUAAAACAAAACAAAAAACAUAUUCCUGCAUAUUUAUUAUAAAUUCCAAAAAUGCAUACAUUUAUCAGAACAACAACGAGGUUUCUCCUCCUCCUCCCAGUUUAACCCACAACCAAAGACUGCAUUCACUGAUCGGGCCGGGGUUCCCUUGCAGAAACGCGAUGGCAAGAACACGAUCCAGACUAUAGCAAUAAAACUUUGUGGGAAUUGUGUGGUGACCAGGUGGACAGUGUCGUGCUCGUCGGCUUUGGGCGUUCAUCUCCGCUUCCUUCUAGCGACGUGUUCAGUGGUGAUUGGUUCAUGGAGUCACUGCAGAAUUGAAGGACUAUUACAUUCAGUAUUGGAUCUUUAAUGGAGGAAGUCAACCUUUCUGACUCUACUGUGUCUCCUGCUGCUACAUUAUGAUACACCUUUUCCACUUUGGCGUGCAGAUUUAGUUCAGAGCUCCAGUCGACACUUACCAUUGUCCUGGGGAGACAGGAAAUCAUCUAAACCAGUGGUGCCCAAACUACGGCCUGCCAGCGUCCAAAAUCCGGCCCGCGGGUAGUCAAGAGUAAAAAAAAUAUAUAUACCGUAUUUUUCGGAGUAUAAGUCGCUCCGGAGUAUAAGUCGCACCGGCCAAAAAUGCAUAAUAAAGAAGGAAAAACACAUAUAUAAGUCGCACUGGAGUGUAAGUCGCAUUUUUUGGGGAAAUUUAUUUGAUAAAAGCUAACACCAAGAAUAGACAUUUCAAAGGCAAUUUCAAAUAAAUAAAGAAUAGUGAACAACAGGCUGAAUAAGUGUACGUUAUAUGAGGCAUAAAUAACCAACUGAGAAUGUGCCUGGUAUGUUAACGUAACAUAUUAUGGUAAGAGUCAUUCAAAUAACUAUAACAUAUAGAACAUGCUAUACGUUUACCAAACAAUCUGUCACUCCUAAUCGCUAAAUUCCAUGAAAUCUUAUACGUCUAGUCUCUUACGUGAAUGAGCUAAAUAAUAUUGUUUGAUAUUUUACGGUAAUGUGUUAAUAAUUUCACACAUAAGUCGCUCCGGAGUGUAAGUCGCACCCCCAAACUAUGAAAAAAACUGCCGACUCAUAGUCCGAAAAAUACGGUAUACAUAUAUAUAUAUAUAUACAUAUAUAUAUACAUAUAUAUAUAUAUUUUGUACGGUAUACCGGUAUUAGUAUAGUACCGCGAUACUUAUGAAUCAUAUUCGGUACUAUAACACCUCUAAAAGGUACCGGUCUACCGCCCCCCCAGUCGUCAUCAUGUCAUGACAUUGCUGGUUUUACAUGCAGAGGAGCAUGUUCGGCAGCGCACAAUCACAGAGUACUUACAAGCAGACACAGUGUGUAGACAGAAAAGGGAGAACGGCCGCAUUUUGGCCUAAAAAGUAAAGAUAAAGGUGGAUUUAUAACACUGAAACACCCUCAAGAAGAGGUGCUUUAAGACAUGGCUAGCUAGCGGCUAACGUCCAUCCGCAGUCUGCAGUUUUUUAGCCACUUCUAAAUCACUAAUCCUUGUCUCCAUGGCGACAAAUAAAGUAAGUUUCUUACAAGUACCAUUAUCACUGCAGGACGAGGAAUAGCUAAACAUGCUUCACUACACACCGUAGCUCACCGGCGUCAAAAUGUAAACAAAUGCCAUUGGUGGAUCUACACCUGACAUCCACUGUAAUGAUACCAAGUACAGGAGCGUAUCUAGUCGAUAUUACUAUGAUUACAUCAAUAUUUUUUGUCAUCACAACAUCAUCUUCCGCAACUCAAGAAAUACGUCCCUGGACACAUGAGGACUUUGAAUAUGACCAAAGUAUGAUCCUGUAACUUCUUGGUAUCGGAUCGAUACCUAAAUGUGUGGUAUCAUCCAAAACUAAUGUAAAGUAUCAACGAAGAGAAGAAUAAGUGAUUAUUACAUUUUAACAGAAGUGGAGAUAGAACAUGUUAAAACAGAAAAUAAGCAGAUAUUAACAGUAAAUGAACAAGUAGAUUAAUAAUUUAUUUUCUACCACUUGUCCUUAAUAAUGUUGACAAAAUAAUGGGUAGAUAAAUGACACAAUAUGUUACUGCAUACGUCAGCAGACUAAUUAGUAGUCUUUGUUUGUUUACUUACUACUAAAAGACAAGUUGUCUAGUAUGUUCACUAUAUUUAUAUAAAAGGGGACAGCGUGGCGCAUUUGGGAGAGUGGCCGUGCCAGCAACCUGAGGGUUCCUGGUUCGAUCCCCACCUUCUACCAACCUCGUCACGUCCAUUGUGUCCUUGAGCAAAACACUUCACCCUUGCUCCUGAUGGGUGGUGGUUAGGGCCUUGCAUGGCAGCUCCUGCCAUCAGUGUGUGAAUGUGGAAAUAGUGUCAAAAGCGCUUUGAGUACCUUGAAGGUAGAAAAGCGCUAUACAAGUAUAACCCAUUUACCAUUUAUUUAAGGACAAACUUGCAAUAAUAAACAUAUGUUUAAUGUACCCUAAGAUUUUUGUUAAAAUAAAGCCAUUUUUAUGGUCCCCUUUAUUUAGAAAAUUACCGAAAAGUACAGAAAAGUAUGGAAAUACAUUUUGGUACCGGUUGAUGCAUAUUUGUACGUGCUAUCGUAAUGUAAUCCAAUAUGCUAACACAUUUACGAGAGUCUCUGUUAGUAUUGUUAACUUACAACGGCAUUCUUUUUUUUUAGGGGGUUUCAGUUUCACAAAUUCCUCAAUAAGUUCACCAAAAGGUCACUGUGCAGUUAUUGAGUCUGUUUAGCUGAUUGGAGAGCUAGAUAUUGAUUUUUGUUUUGUCGGAUCAGCCGUUUUACUGCCUUGUUACAGGAACCCUUUAGAAACAAUGAAGGUGUGAAGGUGUGCAAGUAAACAUUUACAGAAUCUUUUUGUGUAGCUAACUCAUUUGGCCACAUAUCUGUGGCUAAUAAAUUGGAAUAAAAAUGUGUUCUUAAAUUUAGUGGGUGGGGCUUUAAAGUCGGGAAAACAGCGUUUAUACUAGGGCUGCAACAACUAAUCGAUUAAGAUCGAUUAUAAAAAUAGUUGGCGAUUAAUUUAUUCAUCGAUUUGUUGGAUCUAUGCACAUGCGCAGAGGCUACUUUUUUUUUUUUUCUAAACCUUUAUUUAGAAACUGCAACAUUUACAAACAGCUGAGAAACAAUAAUCAAAAUAAGUAUGGUGCCAGUAUGCUGUUUUUUUUAAUAAAAUACUGGAAAGGAUAGAAAUGUAGUUUGUCUCUUUUAUCCGAUUAUUAAUUGAAUAAUCAAAGUAAUAAUGGACAGAUUAAUCGAUGAUCAAAUGAGUUGUUAGUUGCAGCCCUAGGUUAUACAUGCAGCCAGCGGGCAUACACACACGUGGCUAAGACAACGCGACAAGUGUGGAGUACAAUACAGCCAAACCGCACACAUAAAUGACAUUUUGUUACAUUUGGCAGAUUUCCGUGACGUUUGAAGCAAGUUUGGGGAAAAUGUUCCACAAUUGUCACGCAGCCAAAUGAAUCUCAUGAGCCCGCCUUCACUCCCAACUUGGCGUGAAGUGGGCGUGUCCCACAGAAAAACACUUUGGCCCAGGUCGUGAUCAAUGCAAACUACGUUCAUGACGUCUAUCCGGUGGAAACAGCAACCCAAUGCUUUUUUUUUUUUUAAUAACGACAUUUGUGACGGACGUGUCGCAAAAUAUUGUCAGACAUUUGUAAAAAUUUGCUUUGACGCUCAUUUUUGUCACGACUAAAUCCGAGUAUUGACUGGAAGCAAAGCCGCUCUUAUCCUGUUAAGCCCAGCCACACUUUUAAAAACACCUCCAGUUUGGUGCUUUAAUAAUGGGACUUUGAACCAGCAACAGUGGAAAAGGUGUAUCUGUGGACAAAAGUAUUGGGACACUUACCGUAUUAAGUCUCUUUAAUCGCGGCGGUGACCUUCUCCUGCCUUCAUGGACCUUGGAACAAGAAAUCUGCUUCACACUAAAUUACCGUUAGCAUUAAGACGGAUCCAAAAAUCAAUACUGCUGUAAAAGAUGUGUGUCCCAAUACUAUUGUCCAUGUGGUGUAGUUCGCAGCACUCUUUAAGUAUUCAUUGACAGAUGACACACACACAUUCUUGUAUUUGUUACCUUCUUGAGACCUCCGAAAAAUGCCCACUUCUUUAGGACCACCCUUUCUAGAAUAUAAAGAUUUGUAUUUACAACAUCAAUAAUAUAUACAUACUAUGCAAAUAUAAGAAUUAAAUUUUUUCCAUUUUUUGUUUGUAAUUGGUUUUUAUCUUUAUGAUUUACUUCAAGUUAUCACAGUAUGUCUCUAAAUACAUUUUUAUUUAUAUUUAUUAAUUUUGGCCAAAGGGGGCGCAUUUCAAUUUCUUACACACACUUGUUGUUUCAUAUGUUGGCCAGAGGGGGAGCACUUAUAAAAGCGACACACAGUCAAUUUGAAAAAUCCUUCCUUUUUGGGACCACCCUAAUUGUGAUAGAUUUCACCACUAGGGGUGCAAAUGAGACAUUCUCUAUUAGAUGCAAUGGUUUUCCGUAUUGGGACCAUGAUUUAUGUCCUAACUUGUUCACACCUCCUCAUACGGAAGCUACUUUUCCUUGUUGAUGUCUCAAGAAGGGUAGAAAUACAUGACAACACACACACACACACACACACACAUAUACUUGUAUUUCUUACCUUCUUGGGACCUCUGAAAAAUGCCUACCUCUUUAGGACCACCCUUUUUAGAUAUAUAAAUAUUUGUAUUUACAACAUUAAUAAUAUAUACAUACUAUGCAAAUAUAAAAAAGGUAAGCUUUUAGUUAUAUUUUUUUGUCUGUAAUUGGUUUUUAAUCUUCAUUAUUUACUUCCAAGUUAUUGCAGUAUGUCUCUAAUACAUUUUUUUUUUUUUUUUUUUUUUAAUUUAGGCCAAAGGGGGCACAUUUCAAUUCCUUACACACACUUGUUAUUUCAUAUGUUGACCAGAGGGGGAGCACUUUUAUAAAGUCAAUUUGAAAAAUCCCUCCUUUUUGGGAACACCCUCAUUUUGAUAGAUUUCCCCACAAAUGAGACAUUCUCUAUUAGAUGCAAUGUUAUUGGGACCAUGAUUUAUGUUCUAACUUGUUCACACCUCCUCAUAUGGAAGCUACUUUUCCUUGAUGAUGUCUCAAGAAGGGUAGGAAUACAAGAACACACACACACACUUGUGGUAUACAUGGGUGCUAUUAUUUUUUGGAGUGCCAAGCAAAGUUGGUGCUUUUACAGUAGGAAAGGGAUUCAUAUGGUCAAUCAUUUUUGCAAUGCAGUCUGCUGAAAAUGAUGGAAAGCGCCACUCUCCAUAGCAACUGACAUUGAAGCCAAGUUGGAAUUGCCACAAAACACAUUUUAAGAGAUUCAUCACUCUAGCGCACGCCCCAAAUGUAUCACGUUUCAUGUGUCAGGUGAAGUGCUACGAACAGAAUCCCCUUCCUACUGUGCAUUUACAUUGAUUUUUGAUUGGGCAUCAUGUUUGGCAGCAGCGAGGCAAAAGCACAACGUCCACACACCAUUUCACUCGAGAGAAAAGCCAUAACUGAGCGAUCCUAACAGAACAGGGUUAGAAAAGCACACCUGCUUUAUUGUGAAGGACGCAGGAAGUAUUGGGAGUUGCAUAAAAUAAGGCUUGACCGAUACCAUAAAGGUGAGAACGAUCACACCUUCUUUUUCAGUCUUUCCAUCAAUCCAUGCACGAUUGGUUUUAAUGUGCCCCCCAUGCCUCACCCUAAGCAUGUUCCAGUGAAGAAGAAAGACCACCGAGUAACAUUAGUGAUUAUUACCGCCCCCUAGUGGUGAGCCCAGUGUGGUGAAGUGCAACGCCCCUCCUCUCUCGUCUCCACAGACCAUUUCAAACGUCUUCUUUUUUUUGGUAACACUUUUCACUUCCAACACUGUUGUUUCUCCCAUCUUUCCCACGUUGUAACAACAGCCUGUUCCGGUGCUACACAGUCUCCUCCACCCUGACCUCUUUUUGCAUUGUCCAAAACCAAUAGAUUCUUGACUUAUUUGAAGGACCCUUCUAGCAGACAAUAGAGCAUGUAACUUGUUCUCUUCAACCGUUAACAUCGCUAACAUUUAUUGUGCUGUAGGUUAAAAAAAAUAAAAAUGAAAAAAAAAGAAGAAAAAAAAAGUGGAGUUGAUUAUACAAAAAAAAAAAAAAUAACUGAAUUCCACAGUUAAUUUAUUCUUUUCUAUUAAAAAUUUGUAUAGUAACUUUACAUUUUUCCAAACCGUGUCGUUGGAAAUUGAUGAUGACAUUUUUUUCAGAGACACUGUGGUGGUUCUUGAGAUUAAGAAAAUAAAUUAUUGAUGAAUGUUG